CUACCAAUGUAGCCUAAACCCUUAUUCUCUCUCUCUCUCUCUCUCCUCACUUUCUCUUGGCUGCUGUUGUCCCCUUCACAGUACCUUCUCCUUGCUGGUGCACUUUACAACACCAUUUGCAUUCUGAACUGUGCCCUCUCAGAACUCGCAUCACUAACUCGUGACUUUCUCAAGAACGACACAAUAGUAUGGGGAAAAAAGGAGGUAGAAGUCAUCAGAAGAAAGAAGGAAAAAACUCUAAAACAAGCUCUCAACACAAGCGUGAUGCUUAUUCUUAUUCCAGUGACGACAUGGAUGAUGAGAUUGAUACAUUUCAUAAGCAGAGGGACAUUGUCCCCCUUAACAUAAAUGAUGGUACUGAAGAGUCAGAUGAAGAUGAGGAGCUUCCCAUUUUUGAUGUUAAGGAUGUUGAUGAGUAUGAUGAAGAUGAUGAUGAUGACGAUGAGGAAGAUGAUGAUGAUGAUGAGGAGGAAGAUGAUGACGAUGAAGAAGAUGAUGGGAAUGGCCAUUUGGCAAAAAUGAUUAGGCAAAGGAAAUACUUACGUUCAAAGUUUGGGGGAGGUGAUGAUACAAUUGAUGAUGGUGAUGAAGAUGAGGAUGAGGAUGGUUAUAAACUUACUUUAGGUGGGAAAAAAUUCUCACAUGGUGCUGAAAAUCGUAAUUUUGAGCUUCAAUCAAGUGAUGAUGAGGCCCCCAAAGAAGAGGAAGAAUUGGCAUUACAAAUACAAAGGGAGAAGGCAAAAUCCUUGACAAUGGAAGACUAUGACCUUGUGGAUUUAAGUGAAGACAAAGAUAAUGGGAAAUUAACUUUGAAGGAGGCAUCAGAUAAAGGAAACGAAGCAAUAAAGCCACUGGAUAGGGAUAUAAUUUUCAGUGUUGAUGAAUUGAAUUCUUUGACAAAGGAGGAGCAAAUGAAUGUUUUAUAUAGGUCUGCUCCAGAAUUAGUUGGUUGGUUGUCUGAACUAAAUGAGGCACACAAACAACUUGAAUGUGAAAUUAAUCCAUUUUUAAGCAAGGUUGAAACGGGGAAAAUAGUUAUGAAAGGAGAAGCACGUUAUUUUGAGUUGAAGCAGCUUAUUUUGUUGUCCUAUUGCCAAGCUAUAACGUUCUACCUUCUCCUCAAAUCUGAAGGGCAGUCAGUCCAUGAUCAUCCCAUAACAGCUCGCCUUGAAGAGAUUAAGAAAUUAUCUGAUCAGAUAAAACAACUUGACAGAAAACUUCCAGUUAAACUUGAAGACAUUCUUGUAGGAAAUAAUGGGUUAGAAACAGUAUUAAAGUCAGAUAAUGAGAAUUCUCCAAUGGCAAUUGAUUCUAUCACUAAAAACCAAGAGCAGCCUCCUGUCUCUGCCAAAUCAGGAGAAGAAGCAGUGCCUAGCAAUCAAGAUAUACAAAAAUUGGGAUCCUCAAAUGAGGGUGUACAGAAAACAAGAAAAGUUAAGCCUCAGAAGGACCACAUUGGCGCACAGAGUUUGGAGAUGCUAAAAGUUAGAGCUUCCCUUGAGGAAAAACUGAAGAAAAAGGGUCUGUAUGUUGCUCCAAAGCCUACUAAUGGAGUAAAGCGUUCAAGGCCAGUUAAUGGCCAGCUUGAAACAUAUGAUGAUUUUAAUGAUGAUAAUGAAGAUGUCACCCGGGAAGGAAGAUUAAUUAAUGGUUCUAGCUACAAAAAGGUUUCACAGUUCCUCAAUGCUAAUAUGAAGAAACCCAAGGUGGUUUCUGGUGAUGAUGAUUUACCCAAGAGAGAUGAAAUUGGUGAAAGACGAAGGAAACACGAGCUUCGGGUGUUGGCUGGUGCUGGAAUUAAGACUGAGGACGAUGAUGACAGUGACAGGGAUGAUCAAAUGGGUGGUGACCUUGGACCUGAUGAGGUUGAGGAUGCGGAUGAUGAUGAUGAUGAUAAUGGAAGUGGGGACUCAGAAAAUGAAUUUUACAAACAAGUGGAACAACUGCGAGCUGCAAAACUGGCAGCCAAAGCCGAGGCUUACUCAAGGAACACUUCAGUCUCCUCACAGCUUGAGACUGUAGAAGGAAAACGCUUAAUUUCUUCUCAGAUGGAGAAGAACAGGGGACUAACUCGCAAUCGCAACAAGGCAAAAAAGAAUCCCAGAAAGAACUACAAGCUGAAGCAUCAAAAAGCUGUUAAGAAUCGUAAGGGACAGGUUCAGAGUAUCAGGAGACCAACUGCUCCUUAUGGAGGGGAAACCUCUGGAAUUAAUGCAGCUGUCAGUAGAAGCAUCAGAUUCAAGAGCUGAUAUCAAUCACCUUCACACCAUCUUUCCUAAAUUAUCCAAUUUUGACUCGUUUACAUAUAUUGAAGAAUUUUGUUUGCUUAUUACAGCAGUUGAGAAAUUUUGGAGAUAACAUAUAUGACAUAUUAAGAUUUUGCAAUUUUGCCAAUUUUAAUACUGCCAUUGAUUUCUCCUAUCGCUGACAUUUUUCUUCAAGAAAAAUCAAAUGCAACUUAAUAUUAUUUUAACAACAA